UUCAACUGAUAAUAUGUUAAUAUAAUCAAAUUCAUCACUGGUGAUUGUAUUUCAACUCUUAAUCAAAAUAUAUUCAAAGAGAAUGUCAACUCUCAAUGAUCUAUAUAUAAAAAGGGUACAUGUAUUUGUUAUUUUUGUAUCAUUAUUAACCUUAGCCAUUUUUUAUAGAACAAAGAGAUGAGUUUCAACGACCCUUCGUUAAACUCCAUCAUCCUUUGGUUCGCCGCCGUAACGUCUCUCUUGACUAUCUUCGUUAUCUUCACCCUCCUCGUUAUUUGUUUGAUCAAACGCCGUAGGUUUGUGGAUGUAUCACCGGAAACAGAAGACGACCACCGCCACCGCAGAAGAGAACCACAAAGCCAAGGGGUUAACGCUUCUGUGAUUGCUGCCUUUCCGACAUUUUCUUACAAACUGGACAACAACGAUCUCGAGGGCAACAGUCAGGAGAUAGAGUGUCCGGUUUGCUUAGGGUUAAUCCCCAAGGAUGCCGUAAUUAAGGUUUUACCAAACUGUAAGCACAUGUUUGAUGAGGAAUGUAUUGCUAGGUGGCUUGAAUCGCACACAACUUGCCCUGUGUGUCGUAGAAUGGCUGAGCCGAUGUCUAGCACUGGGGAUAAGGUUUUAGAAAGUAUAGUAUAGUUGAUGGUUAAUUUAUAUGUCAGUUUCUAUGUUUUUUCUUUUGCUAAUUGUAAUAAUUUUUAUUGAAUAUCAAAAUGUACAAAUGAAACACUCAGCAUGAGCACAGACAUAUACUACUUGAAUCUAAUAUGCUCGAUCAAAUGAGUCAAUUUUCAUUUUAGAUAGAGAAGUUAUACAUAUAUCGUCUUGCGU